AAUAUAAGGCUUGGCGCCGGCGCCAGCUGAUAUACACUUUAUUCAUCAGUCAGACCUUCUGAAGCAUACGUCUGUCAACCACGAGGAUGUCAAGGCGCAGUGGCCGUUUACAAGCACAACUUGAAAACACUUGUCCCCAGAAAGAACAAAAUGCAAGAAAAAGAAAAUCGGAGGAAUGCAGCAGGAGAAAGCUAGAAACACACGUCUCCAAAAAACACAGCUAUGAGAUACAGAGUCGCUGGGCAUCUGGAGGAGUAGUCAGCCCCUGUAUGCUCAUUGAAACACCUCAUAAAGAGAUGCAGGUCACAGACUUCUCAGGGUUCACAAAGUACAGAUUCAAAAACCUUUUUAUAAAACCUUCCCCACUGCCAUGCUUCAGCUGGGGGAGUUCAGAUGAUGUGUGGAUAAAAAUGCUCAACAAGGAAUUGAAGUAUGUCCAUGACAAAAGCUUCCUGCACCAGCACUCGAAGCUGCAACCAAAAAUGAGGACGAUUCUUCUCGACUGGCUCCUAGAGGUAUGUGAGGUGUACACACUUCAUCGGGAAACCUUCUACCUGGCUCAGGACUUCUUUGACAGAUUUAUGCUAACCCAAACGAAUAUCAACAAGAACAGGCUGCAGCUCAUAGGAAUUACCUCACUCUUCAUUGCUUGCAAAAUAGAGGAAAUCUACCCUCCAAAACUACACGCGUUAGCCUAUGUCACAGAUGGUGCCUGUACAGAGAAAGAAAUCCUAGACAUGGAGUUAAUUGUAUUAAAGGCAUUGAACUGGAACCUCUGUCCGGAGACCGCCAUCUCUUGGUUGAAACUCUACAUUCAAAUGGCCUCUUUAAAAGAAGACCCAAAUAUUUUACUACCUCAGUUUUCUCAGGACACUUUCUUACAGAUAGCACAGCUUUUAGAUGUAUGCAUCCUUGAUAUCAACUCAUUAGAUUACCAGUAUGGAGUAUUGGCAGCAGCUGCAUUUUUUCACCAUACCUCAUUAGAAGUGGUUCAGAAAGUAUCAGGGUUAAAUUGGGACUCCAUUUCAAACUGUGUGAACUGGAUGGCUGCUUUUGCUACGACUGUAACAGAAAGCUCUCCUGCUAAGUUGAAAGAUUUCCAGAAAAUCUCUACAGAGGACAGGCACAACAUCCAAACCCACACCAAUUACCUGGACAUACUGAAUGAAGCUCACCAGAAGCAGGCAGAAAAUCCUAUUAUGGGACGGGUAUCGCCGGUAUCGGUGGGAGGAAUCUUGACACCACCAAAGAGCACAGAAAAACCUCUUUGAAUCUUACAUACUACCCAUGCAGCAGACUUGUAGUCCAAAACACAAAUCAAAUUUCAGAAGAAAUUAAUUAUAUAUAUA